AGCUGUUGGCGCCUGACGCCAGGAGGCUGCGUGUCCCAGCGCAUGCGCAUAGGGCCCCGAUUUAGCAGCUGUAUUUCCUGCUUGCUGUUUCCAGUCGAAGCGAUGGCAGAAGUGAAAGCUCGCCUGUUUUGUGGAGUUGCGGUGGCUUUCCUAAGUUCAGCGGUGCUUGCAUUUGUUGAAGAUCUAGAUGACACAUUUAAGGACACCAGAGUAAAUGACAUCUGGUUGGUUGAUUUCUAUGCACCUUGGUGCGGCUACUGUAAAAAACUAGAACCAAUAUGGCACGAGGUGGGAGCUGAGCUGAAGCGCUCCGGGUCGCCAGUCCGCGUGGGAAAGAUGGAUGCCACUGCUUACUCUGGAAUGGCAUCAGAGUUCGGUGUUCGUGGUUACCCCACAAUAAAGCUGUUGAAGGGUGAUCUUGCCUAUAAUUACAAGGGACCAAGGACAAAAGAUGACAUCAUAGAGUUUGCCAACAGGGUGGCAGGGCCAGCCGUCCGGGCACUUCCCAGCAAGCAGAUGUUUGAGCACAUGAUGAAACGACAUGAUGUGCUUUUUGUGUAUGUCGGUGGGGAGUCUCCUCUCAAAGAGAAGUACAACGACGCAGCCUCUGAGCUUAUUGUCUACACUUACUUCUUCUCAGCUUCAGAGGAAGUCUUUCCAGAGUCAGUAACUUUGCCAGAGCUUCCUGCGGUUGUGGUGUUCAAAGACGGAGGCUACUUUACCUACGAUGAGUAUGAAGAUGCCAGUUUGUCAUCAUGGGUGAACAAAGAGCGCUUCCAAGGAUACCUACAGAUUGAUGGCUUUACACUGUAUGAGCUUGGAGAAACAGGCAAAUUGGUGGCGAUUGCAGUCAUAGAUGAGAAGGACCCCACAGAGGAGAGUGGCAGAUUAAAGAACCAGAUUCAGACGGUGGCGAAGGAAUACAGAGAGCAUUUUAGCAGAGACUUCCAGUUUGGCCACAUGGAUGGGAAUGACUACAUUAACAGCCUCAUUAUGGGUGAGGUGUCGGUGCCAUCCGUUAUCAUCCUCAACACAUCCAACGAGCAGUACUUCCUGCCCAGUGAGCCGAUUGAGACCAUGGAGCAGCUGGUCCAAUUCAUCAACAGUGUUUUGAACGGUUCUGCACAGGCAUAUGGAGGUGAUGGCUUCAUUCAGAGGAUCAAACGUGUGGCCUUUGAUGCCAAAUCCACCAUUAUGUCAGUGUUUCGCAGCUCUCCAUUGCUGGGCUGCUUCCUGUUUGGCCUACCGCUGGGUGUAAUUAGCCUGAUGUGCUAUGGCAUCUGCACAGCUGAGUCGGAUGACAGUUCAGAUGACAUCGAUGCGCUCAAGAGGGAGGGCCUGACUGACGAAGAGGAGGAGGAGGACGAGGACGAGGAGGAGGAGAAGCAACGCACCGCUGAAUUGGAAGGCCCUGAAGAGGGUGAGAAUGAGGAAGAUGAUGCUGGAGAGAAGGAUCCUGAAGAGAAGAAAACCGAUUAACACAGGGGUUCCCAUUGGAUAGAGGAUGAUAGGUCUAGUGAAAUACAGUGACAUGAAACUCAAAGACAUAUCAAUGUAUUACUGUUCUGCUUCUUUGUCUUUCAAAUCACUUCCCCUCAAAGCCCCUCCAGCACAGACUGUUCUCCCAUCUUUGAUUUCUGUAUGUCAGUUUGUAAGGUCAGCUGCUCAGCGAAGCCAGUGACUCAUGUUUAAAACUAACAGCCCUUUUAAUAAUGGAGUGUAAACACAUAAUGUUCGAGAGAAGAAGCGAUGGCUGUAAACCAAACAUACCACAUAUUUAUUAUGAUUCGACCAACCAGUGGUUUAUUCUAUGUGAUGUGUGACAUUGUUAGGCUGUUGUUUUGCAACUACUGAAAUACCCUUAUUAUUAUAUCUUCUUUUUUGUUAUCAUAUGCCCGUCGCUUCUAUUUUAUCUUUUUCUAGUUUACCAAGAUAUUCUAUAGUAGUAGAUACAGUAGAUAGUAAAUGAAUCUUGCCUUCAAACUAAUUACAACAAGAAAACAUUGAAAGUUUGUUAAACCCGACCCAAAGUGUUGGCUUUUCAUGUAUCAUGACUGAGAAGAGUAGAAAGUAAAGGAAGUGCCCAAAAAAGGAGAAUCUGCCAUAAAUGAAUUGCGCUUUAUCUGUUGUAUGUUAUUGCCUGAAAAUAUUUUUCUCCAAGGGAUGCAAAAUGCAGAGCAUCAUAACUAAUUUCUCAUGCCUAUGAGUGUUCAUUUAUGCAGAGUUGGUGGAAAGAAAGCUGGAAUGGUAAUCGCUAUCAGUCUGUCUGAAACUGGUAUAUGUUCAAAUGCAUAUUUUUUUUCAACUCAACACGACCAACCAGCUAGAAAUUCCUGCUAUAGAUGGCUUGUACCUGUACAGCAGACACCCAUAACAUGCAUCAGUAGUUCCUGCAGCUUUUAACAACUCCUAUUCCUCAGAUAGACCAGCUCUAUCUGUUUCCAUAUUUCAAUCUGUCCUUCAUCACUGGUUGCUAUAUUGAAUUCAUUGGGCUGGUUGAAGUUUACAUCCCGAUGCACUGAGAAGUACGUGAAGCAUACAAAAUAUUAGAACAGUCUUCCUGUUUUUCAGCCCCCCACCAAACACACACACACAUACACUUUUUUUUUUGUUAAACUCCACUUCUCAAGGCAAUGAAAUCCAUCUCUAGUCUAUUUUCAUACCCUUGUGACUAAAGUCUAUAUAAUAGCUGAAAUCAAGUUGGGGUUAUGGCUUCUGCUUGGAUUCAGGUUGCCAGCAUAUUUCAUGAAAAAAACAAGUGUUCCUAAAAUCUAGUGCACACAGUGUAAUACCAUUUUUAUGAAAAAUGCACAGUACCUCCUUGGAUUUAGGGCCCAGUGUUGCCUCUGUGGCGGUGGGGCAUGUUAAAGCAGCUGAAAACAUUUUUCAUUAUCUUUAACAUCUGUAACUAAAUAUUUCUCACAAAAGAAGGAAACACAUGAGGUAAAAUGCAUAAUUAUCAAAACUCAAAAAACUCAGGGUGCGAAGUGAAGAUUUGAUUGACAGUAGUGUUUCUUGAUUAAUGCUUGGAAGUACCUGACAUCACCUUUUCAGCAAUACCCCCCACUUUAAAGGACAAAAGCACAGGCAAAACACAAAUACUCUAUGGAAAUAUCUUGUUGAAUAAUCAGGAUAGUUCUGCAUUUGGCAGAACUGUUUAAUCAUGUUCAUUUGUAGAAAUUUGCUUUUUCACUUUCUUGUGCGGAGUUGUAAAUUGAUACCUCUGUCAUGUCUGAAGGUCAAAUGUGAGGUUAGUGCUACCAGCUGGUUAGCUUAGCUUAGCACAAAUAUUGGAAUUGCGGGAAAACAGCAAGCCUAGUUCUUUCAAAUGAUAUUAAAAUCCACCUGCAAGCAACUAUGAAGCAAACCUGUUUACACUGCUUCUAGUCUUUAUGCUAAGCUAAGCUAAUCAGACAGAGUGGCAUCAAUCUUCUCAUCUAACACUUAGGGGAGGGGGGGUAUAUUAGCAUUCUUCCUGAAAUGUGACACUGUUCCUUUUACAGGGCUACACUGGAUGAUUAUUUGCUCUACAUUUGUUUUAUUCAUCUGAAAUAUUCAUGCAUUAUAUUCAACACGCAGUUCAGCAAAGCAAUUAUAAGUUUGAAAUGAGCAAUGAAAGUUUCGCUAACAGGCUUUUCUCUCAAAGGGACUUCAACAUAUGGUAAUGAAUGAGUAUCAAGUUCAUUGCUGAACUUGGGAGUGACAAAGUAAUCUUAACUCGGGGACCACAUGCUGACUUUUUGUGGAGCUGUGAGUUAGAUUUUAUGUGAUGAUAACUGAACCAAUGUCCAGUGUGUGGGAUAUGGGGUAAUCUAUUGGUCCAAAUUUUGUUUUUGAUGCCUUAGUGUAAGCCUGUCAUAUUUACACAGGGAACAGGUCGUCUAUCAUGGCAUCCGCCAUGGUUCUACAGUAGCCUACAAUUAACAAACCAAACUGGUUGUAGAGGACCUUUCACUGGUUGUAGAGGACCUUUCACGUUUUUAGUAGCCACCAUAGAGCAGGGAGAGGUGAGGGGCGUUCUGCUGGUUGCAGUCAGCAGCCAUAUUGAUAGAUAGCACUACAUCCCACACACUGAACCUUGUACAUGAUAUCUUCAAACAGUGAUGAAUGCUUUGAGAAUUUGUUACUGUUAUUGUUAAGGUUAUCUCUAAUCUGCACACCCAUUUCAUAAUCAUUUUUGAAAGGUGUAACUGACUAAAAAGGUGGCUGCAGGGUUUAUUCGUUGCUCAUUUUAUUGUGCUUUUGUAUUUCUGUAAUUCUUGUACCUUAACUGAUUUGGGCACCUCAACCUAAGCACACCCGUUGUUUUUAAUACACAGAGAUUUUCUGUAUUAUUACUGUGAAACUGCACGAAAGGAAACCAUGCCCUCGCCUUGCCUUUGCUCUCUGUGGUUGCCUGCCAUUCUCUGCCAAACUUCCUCUUUGGGUUUGAAUUGAGAUCGUCACAAUUUAUUGCAGGUUCGAAAGAUUGAAAUAAAGAUUGUCCUCUUUUUUUU